UCCACCGCUCGCUUCCUCCCCGCCGGCGACGACGUGAUGUCUUCCGAGCCCGAGAGACCGCCGCCCGCCCCCGAAGCGGGCGUCCCCGCAGCCACCGUCAGCAAUAAACAACGGAAGAGGAACGCCCGGAAGGCCGAGAAGACGGCCAAGUACGCGCAGCAGCAGAAGCCCGCCGCCGAGGACCCCUCGCCGGAGCACGGGCAGCAGAAGCAGCAGCAGCCCUCCGCCGCCGAGGACGACCCCUCGGCGGCCAACUACGGCGACGUCCUCCCCGGGGAGAUCCUCCCCGCGGCGGUCCCCGACGGACCGUGGGCCGAGAUCGGCCGCCUCGACAAGGCCGCCGCCGGCCGCUCCGUGCUGGUCCGCGCGUGGGCGCAGGCGGUCUACCGCGGGUCCAAGACCAAGAACGUGGCCUUUAUCGAGCUGCGGCGGGGGAUGAGCACCGUGCAGUGCGUGCUCGCCGGCAGCGCCCAGAUGAUGCUCUUCGCCUUGUCCCUCCCCAAGGAGUCGAUCGUCGUCGUGGAGGGCGCCGUCGCCCUCCUCGACAACCCCCUCAGAUACACCACAGUGCGAGAGGUGGAGAUUCAGGUGAGGAAGCUCUACUGCAUCAGCAGGGCCGCCCCGAAGCUACCGAUCAGCGUGGAGGAUGCCGGCCGGAGUGCGGAGGAGUUUGCAAAAGCUGAAGCAAAGGGGGUGCCACUUCCCUGCGUUGGUCAGGACACACGCUUGGACUAUCGAGUUAUUGACCUGCGCACGGCGGCGGGUCAAGCCGUUUUCCGUGUACAGCAUCAAGUUGAAAACAAAUUCAGGGAAUAUCUGUCGUCAAAAGACUUUAUUAGCAUCCACACUCCGAAGCUGAUUUCAGGGUCAAGUGAAGGUGGAGCAGCAGUAUUCAAACUUGAAUAUAAGAAUGGCAAGUGUGCCUGUUUAGCACAAUCGCCUCAGCUGCACAAGCAGAUGGCUAUCUGUGGUGGGUUCUGUCGUGUCUUUGAGGUUGGGUCUGUGUUUAGAGCUGAAGAUUCCAACACACAUAGGCAUCUGUGUGAGUUUGUUGGUUUGGACGCUGAAAUGGAGAUUAUGAGGCACUACUUUGAGGUUUGCGAUAUUGUGGAUGGAUUAUUUGUAGAAUUGUUCAGACACUUGAAUGAAAAUUGCAAGACGGAACUUGAGGCAAUUAAUAGGCAGUAUCCGUUUGAACCAGUGAAGUACCUAGAGAGUACCUUGAGGCUCAGUUACGAGGAAGGAAUACAAAUGUUGAAGGAAGCUGGAACAGAAAUCGAGCCUAUGGCUGACCUCAACACUGAAGCUGAGAAAAAACUUGGUCAGCUUGUUAGGGAGAAGUAUGACACUGAUUUUUUCAUUCUUUAUCGAUAUCCUUUGGCGGCACGCCCCUUCUACACCAUGCCUUGCUAUGACAACCCAGCGUACAGCAACUCAUUUGAUGUCUUCCUUCGAGGUGAGGAAAUAAUUUCCGGAGCACAAAGAAUACAUGAACCCGAGCUGCUGGCCAAACGUGCGGCCGAGCAUGGAAUCGAUAAGAGUUCUAUCAAGUGGUACAUCGAAUCGUUUAGGUACGGCACACCUCCUCAUGGCGGGUUCGGGGCCGGGUUGGAGAGGGUGGUCAUGUUGUUCUGCGGACUGAACAACAUCCGGAAGGCAUCGUGUUUCCCUCGUGACCCGCAGAGGCUGAGUCCAUGAUCUCCGUCCCUCUGAGAGCGAGCCUGAUCCAUGCUUAUUCUAGCUAUGAUGACCUUUUCGAUGCUUAGUUACCUCUACCUUUAAAGCAAUGUUCUGCUGUUAGUGGUUAUGAAACUGUCACCUUGAUGUGCGUAGUAGUAGGCGAGUUUUGAUAGAAGAUCAAAGACUUAAGCAUGGAGAAGUUUGCAGAUAAUUGAGAAUCGGCAUGUUGUUCUCUCUGUCUGGUUAACUUCUUCCCACACAGGGAAGUUGCCAAUUAACUCUA